AAAAAAUAAAAAAAAGGAAGGAAUGAAAGAGAGAGAGAGAGCAGAGAAUCAACUGGUACAAAUAAAACAAAAACAGAACACCAGCAAGAAGUAACAGAAAGAGCAGAACAAGAAAGAGGAACAAACUAUGGCUGCAACCGUGUUGUUUGCAUGCCAUUCCAAUGUAAUUGUAAGCCACUGCUGUAGAAAUGAUUAUCCGUCGUUACCCAAAUUGUUCUUGGGUGUUGGACACAGAAUCGUGGAUCAAACCAUUGCCAACAGAAAUCAAAACCCUCAAAGCCUUGAAAAAAAGAAGUCAUCUUAUAGGUUUUCCGUUUCUGCUGUCACCAAAGGUUCUGCAAAAUCAAGCAAGUCCGAUGAGAAAAUCCCCCCAUGGGCUAAACCGGAUUCAGACGAACCCCCUCCUUGGGCCCAGAACGAAGGCAAGAAGGAUGAUUCACAAGAGGGAUUUGAGAUUCCAUUUUUUGUUUAUCUGCUCGCCUCAGCAAUCACUGCAAUCGCUGCAAUAGGUUCUGUUUUCGAGUAUGUGAACGAGAAACCAGUCUUCGGAAUCUUGAGUUCAGACAGCAUAUUUUAUGCUCCAGUGCUUGGAUUUUUUGCUUUUACUGGCAUCCCCACUUCUGCAUUCCUGUGGUUCAAAUCUGUUCAAACUGCUAACAAGGAAGCUGAGGAGCAAGACAAGAGGGAUGGCUAUCGAUAGGCAUCGAAUAUCUUGGUGAGCUCCAUACGUUCAAUCCAGAUAAACCAGCAUAAGAAGUAUGGUAUUUGCCGAUGAAAUUAUCACUGUUGAUCUCAUAGGAACACAAUUCUCCAGUGAAACAUAUCAUCUGUUGUAGUUACCUGCAAACAAAUGAAUCUCAUGUGUAUAAAUACCUCUGCACAUACCUAGAAUGAAAAGAACUAUCGAAACUUUCGACGGAAUGAAAUUGUUUUGGUCAUUACUUAAAAA